AAGCCGGCAGCUUUUUGCACGUGUGAGCAGCGGGACCGCAGAUCUUCCGGCAGCAGCUGGGGAGCUGGUGCUCUAGCUUAGGCCACGGUCCGCUGCCCCGCGCACCGGCUCGCAGCCUGACCUGCACUGUGGAACAUGUCUCUGCACGCCUGGGAUUGGGAAGAUGAGGACAGCGAAAACGUCAGGCCGGCCUCUUCCUUCCCUAACUUUUACCACUUUGAGGCUGAGGCAGACCACUCUCUGAGGGCUGCAGCGCAGGAGUCCGACUUUGACAACAGCUCGGGCAGCCUGGAGUCCUUGAAAGCCAGCACCUUCAACCCCGACGUGCCCCAGGUUGUCCCCUGCAAUCUCAUUAUCUCCUUGGCCCUCCCUGUGAAUACAGAUCAUAAAGGAAAACGUACAAGUUUCAUUGAGAAAUACAAGAAAUAUACUAAACCGCCCACCUAUAUAGCGAAGCUUCGCCGCUUCUACCACGUUGAGUAUUUCUUUCUGCCAGAUGACAAAGAACCUAAAAUAGUUGAUGUGGUUGUGUUUCCAGGACUGGCCAAGGUGUCCCUGGAGUCAGGAAUAAAGACUGUGAAGCCGUGGUAUGAAGACAAUAAGCUCUGGGUGUCGUGGAGCGAAACAUUUAAUGUCAACGUGACAAAGGAAUUGUUAAAGAAACUGAACUUCCACAAAAUCACUGUGAGGAUCUGGGACACCAAGGAUAAGAUUUCUAAAAAAAUCAAGUACUAUUACCCAUUGAAGACCUGUUUUUCAGAUGACGUAGGCUCUUUCGAGGAAGUGAGACAUUUGGUUUUAAGUCAGAGAGAAUUGUGGGAACCAGGCCUUGAGAAAGCUAACAUUGUCAAGGAGGAGUGGAAUGAGGAGCCUCCGCCAGAAAAACAAGAAAAAGCUGAAAAAGAGCUUGAAAUUCCCCCCAAGAACGGCGAGGAAUAUGACAAGUCGCUCAAGACAGAUGAUCUUUCCACGUUUCGACGAAAUACUUCAAGAGCAGCAACUAUGUCUUUGAUCGGGACAACCAUGAUGGAGAUCAAAGAAUUAAUUGACAGGACGUCAUUUAGCAGCUUAACAAACCCGUUAGAAAAACCGAGGUCUCAAAUUAAAAGCAAAGAUUUUGAAAUCAAAAAGAAGAGCUACAAGGGGAUGAAGAAGCCUCCAAGCGUGGAGGACAGAGACACCAAGCUGUCGGGCUGCUGGAGACAGAGCGCCUUCUGCGUCGAGCUGGCAGUGACCCCGCUCCUCGCAGGACAGCAAGCCAUCAUGAGCCGUGCCAGUGAGAAGGCUGCCAGUAUCUUAGAUUGCCUCGUGACCUUAAAAACAGAAGUUCCUAUCAUGACAGAGGAGCAAAAGCAGGACUUAAACCCGCUGACCAUCAAGAUCAAGUGCGCCUCUGGCCUCCCGUCCCAGCCUGUGCCUGUCGAGGAGCUAGAGAGGCUGUGCACCCCUGUGUACUGCAGGUACCAGUUCUAUAAGACUCCAGUUCACCAGACCAAGGGGGAGCCCCACGGAACCCAUGUUUAUUUCCACGACAUCAAUGUCAUCUUCCUCGGGGCCAUGCACCCUGGUGAGCUGCGGGAGUACCUGGAGGGCGCCCCCAUGGUGGUGGAAGUUCACGACCGGGACCGGAAGUUGCAGGAGUCUUCCCAGAAACCCAUCCUGUUUGGAGAGGACCGCCUGGAUUCCCACCUCAACCUCCAGGCCUUCAUCUCACCUGCAGACACAGAGAACAACCCUUUUGAGUCCCAAAAAACGCAAUGGGACCCUUACGGAGUGGCCCACGUCAGUUUCGCUGACCUUCUCCUUGGCCACAAGUACUUGAACUUGGUUGUCCCCAUCCACAACUGCGAGCCCAAGUCCACAGGCCAUGCCCAGGGCAGCAGGAGCCAGAGGCCCGAUAUCCUGCAGCACAACCCGAUGCCUGUGGGCAGCUACCUGGAGGCCAACUCCCUGCUCAAGCUGCGCGUGGGCAUCGCAGUGCCGCUGCGCACCAGGACUGGAGCCCUUCAGCCAGACCUCUCUGAGUCCCCAUUCGGCCGCAUCAUUUUUGUGUUUGACGUCAAGAAGCUGUCCCUCCUCCACGGCCUGCUGCAGGACAUCACCACAGUCAAUGCCAAGGCCCUGGAGCUGGAUUCCUACCCCAUCAGCAAUGUCCAGCAGGUCCUGUCAGCCUUCAAGAUGCGGGUGAAGGUGCAGGACCAGCCGUCCCUGGAUGUGCUCACCGGCUUCCAUGUGCUGGAUGGCAGAGUCCACCUCUUUGUCCUCGAGGGCUUGGCAGAACAGGGCCUCAGGCAGCUGUGGAACAGCCAGCAGAGCCGAAUCCCCAAGUCCCAGCGCAGGGAAUACAAGGUGCUGUACAACUCGCAGCUGCUGUUCCACCGCAGGCUCUAUGCAGACCUGGAGACCAUCCUGUACCACGUGCACCUCUCCACGCCUGUGGCGCAGCUCCUGAGGCAGCAGGCGCUCUACGUGCGCGGUGCCGUGCCACGCACUGUCUUCCAGGCUCUGGCCAGGAUCCAUGACAUCUGCCACACCAGCACCCGGCUCAGGGAGGUGAUCGUGAGGGACCUGCUGCCAUCUUCUGCCAUGCUCAAAGACCUGAACCAACAGUUUGGGGUGCCCAUCUCACAAGAGGACCUCAUGGAUGAAGGUCCUGUGGCCCUGCCGCCACAGUCGGCCCCCAACCUAGAAGCCUUCCGGUGCCGGGCCUCCACCUUCACCUCCGAGAUCCUCGCCCACCAGGAGAAGUACCUGCAGUGGCGGGCCACCAUGCUGCGGAGGAGCCAGUGCCAGGACAGCCUGGUCCAGAGAAACAUCAUAGAAGCCUCUGAGGGUGCCAAGAGGCCCCCUGAGCGUGUGGUGAAGGUGCUGAGGAUUUCCCCCACCGCUGGGCCUGUCCACAACUACAGCAUCCAGACCCUGAACUCCUCAGAGCUUGCCAAAAAGGAGCUGUACCGAGAGAUGGCCAAGGAGCCACAGAAGAGAUUCACAUACUCACAGAAUUACCUUUCGGGCAUGGUGCAGCCUGCAGACCCCGAGGAAGAGGAGAGGAAAGCACAGGAGAAAUCUCGCCAGGCCUGGCUCACAGCCAGUGGGUUCCAAGUGACCGGUCUUCAGAAGGGCACCAAAGGCUACCAAGACUUGAGGCUGCCACCUGCCCAAGAACUGAAGGAGGAAUGGGUGGAGCGCGCGCUGUUUGCCAACGUGCUGAAGCCCACGCUGGAUCGAGAGCGAUGGCCCUGGGACAGGCGCCGCCUGGACUUUGAGCUAUACACGAAGCCCCCAGCUUUCCUAGGUCUGCCCCCUCCACCAGCGCCCAAGCCUCUGACAGGCUGUUGACCAAAGGUACUGGCCCUGUCUCCCAAGCAGCAGGACCAGCCCAGGGCCCAGGCCACCCUACAGAGCGAUGCCACUUGACUCUCCACUUUUCCAGCCACUGAUCUCAUUAAAGUGCAGCAGGACAGAGGCCUGGCUCAGAGGUCACAGUGUUGGGCUAACUUCAGUCCUAACUUAAACUCACUUUAUCCCCCAGAACAAGUGUCACC